AUGGGUGAUGCCUUUUCAUCGAGUGAAGAUUUCCAGAAUUUGAAAUCCCUGGAUGUCCCAGUGUAUUGUCAAGAGGAAUUAGAUAAAGAUAUUGAGCGUGAAGUACCUGAAGUUGACAAUUUACUGUUUUUGGGACGCUUUGGCACGUACAAGUUGAAUUGUGGAUUGACUGUUGGGUAUAUCUCAGGUAGGAUAACGGAUUACGAUGCAAUGUACAAAUAUUUUGAUGGCAAAAUUGUGGAUAUAUUGUUGACUUUUCAGUGGCCCAAGGCCAUUGCUAGAGAGAAGAAACUGACUUUGGUCAGUAAUGAAAAACUGGAUCCAAUAGUGUCAAUGGUUCAACCAAGAUAUCAUUUUGCAGUUGGUACAGACUCUGGAAAAUACCUAGAAAGAGAUCCCUUUAAAUGGAAAGAUACAACCAGGGUAACCAGGUUCAUUUCAUUAGCUAAAUAUGGUAGAGAAGACAAAUGGUGUUAUGCAUUUAAGAUUGGUUUAUCGAACAGUGAAGACCAACAUUUGGAUAUAUCGUCCGAGAACCCUUUUGAAAAUCAGAUUGAGGAGCCUGAAGAAGAAAAGGUCCUGAAACGAUCAUCUGAACCAGAUAGUGUUUCUAAGAAAAGAGCAAGGCUUGUGGAUCCUUCAACCUGUUUCUUCUGUCUCUCAAACCCCAAAGUGGCUACCUAUAUGAUUAUCUCAAUUUCGAGUUCGGUCUAUCUUACAGUAGCUAAAGGACCUUUAACCUUUCCUCGAGAUGAACUGAAUUUCAGUGGACAUGGUAUUAUUAUUGCAAUUUCUCAUGUUCCCACCUUACGUAGUGGCGUUGAGGAUCAACAGCUCAGUGUCCUUAACUCAGACUUUUACAGAGAUAUUCUCAAGUACCAGUUGGCUUUGAUCAAAAUGUUCCAGUCCAUUCAGACAACCAAUUACUGCGUGGUAUUUUUUGAAAUCAGCAGAUCUUCUGCCAUUCAUUAUCACAUUCAAUUCGUCCCCAUUCCAACUGAAUUGAUUGAUGGCUUUGAAACACAAUUACAUAAAACAUGCAAGAAAAAUUCGGAAAUGUAUCCCAACAAUGUCACAGUACAAUUUGAAAAGUUAGAUGAAACCAUCGAAGAAGACAAAAGCAAGCUUGAGUCGAUUAUGAAUGACCAAGAAUACAUUCUCUUCACGGUGGCACACAGUGAGUCAAAAUAUAUCAAGUACAUUGCCAAGUUACCCAAAGAAGGAACUGUGGACCUACAGCUCCCUAGAAAAGUUCUGUCGUACCUUCUUUCGACUCCCAAGAGGUCACAAUGGCAAAAGUGUGUCCAACCAUUCCAUGUUGAAGAGGAAGAGGCUCAAAACUUUAGAAUAAAAUUCAAACCUUAUGAUUUCACAAUGAACAACACAAUAAUAUAA